UCCUCGCCCGCGGGCUGCGGGAGGCGGCCCCGCCCCGGGCCGGCGGGAUCUGGGACGGCCGCUCCGAGCCCCGGCACCCGCCGGACGGCGCCGGCUGGGGCGGUUCCCGUCCUGGUUCCGGGAGGCGCCGGUUCAGCUUCCGGGGUAAGCGAUGGCCGCGGGGCAGGAGGCCGCGCUGCCCCCCGGCCCUGCCCGCCGCCCGGCCCCGCCGCCCGCCUGAGCCCGCCGAGGAGCUCGCCUCGCCAUGCGCCCCUGAACCCUGCUGCUGCCCACAAAGGCCAUGGAGAAGAGGCUGGAGGCCAAGUUCAGCACUAGCGCCCGACUCCUGUCACGAUACUGCCUGGGAAGACCCGCCGGGGAGCUGAGAAGCCUGCAGCUGUUCUACCUGUGGGCUUCCCUGUGUGCCUUGUGCUCCUCAGCAGAUGCAAACUGGAACAAAUCUAAAUGUGAGCCAGAGAGGAUCCUGUUUGGUGGCCGAUUGAGGUGGUGGGAAGAUCACAAUUUGCAGCUUCUGGAAGGAUUUCACACUGUUGGGUCCUGCCAGGCCGCCUGCUGCCACAGCCCCACCUGUGAUGCCUUUUGGUUCUUGGAAAAUAUGUGCAUCCAGGUGAACUGCACUAUGCCUGGCACAUGUCAGGCAGACAGGACUGGCUUUUCUGACUCUGUUUUGGUGUUUUUAAAGAAAUCAAAAAGCACACAGCACUUCUUAAAGUUUCCAACAGAAGGUGGUGUGAAGACCUGGCAUCACAAGGGGUUGGACUGGGACAUGCCUGUCCAGGUGAAAAGCAGACUGCAGAGGUCGAUCCAGAAGCGGAGCUUGGCAGGGGACAGGGUGGAGCUCCUGAGGAGGGAUGUGGCAGCGAGCCCCAGCAGCCAGGCUGCAGCCACAGCAGCAGACAGCAGGUCUGGAAGCAGCCAAAGUGAAGCAGAGCACUUGAAGGAUCAAGUGCUGAGGCGCUUGGUGGCAGACAGGCCUGUCCCUGAAGGCCAUCCAAAUGAACAGAAAGACUCUCUGACCAAGGGACAGAAUCCAGGAGAGCAGAAAGCCAAAAGCCCGUUUCCUCCUAAAAGCAAUAAUGUGACUAGAUCAAGUGAUGCAGAGGCUGCUGGCUUGCUGCAGACCCACCCAGGGACAUCUGCACCAGAACCAUCAGUGCUGGCUACAUUCUCCAGUCCUGUAGCACAGGGCUCAGCAGCCACAGGCAAGACGGAGAAACCUGGGCAGCCAGAUGGCCCUGUGGUCCAUCCCCCCUCCUCAACCAGCCCUGUGCCCCCAGCACCUGCUGUGCCAAGUGGAGUGCCCACAAACAGCAGUGUUCCCACCACCCAGACCAGCACUGCUGCAACGCCGAGUACUACUGCUGCCACACCAGUUAUGAAGGAGCUGGUGGUUUCUGCUGGAGACAGCGUCGAAGUGACCCUGCCAAAGAAUGAAGUUCAGCUGAAUGCAUUUGUGCUCCCUGAGCCUCCACCUCGAACCAGUUAUUCCUAUGAGUGGGAAUUGAUUACUCAUCCAAAAGACUACAGUGGAGAAAUGGAAGGGAAACACUCCCAGACCCUUAAGUUAUCUAAGCUCACUGUUGGUCUGUACGAGUUCAAGGUGGUGGUGGAUGGGGAGAACGCCCGUGGAGAGGGUUAUGUGAACGUCACUGUGAACCCCAAGCCUCGGGUCAAUCAGCCUCCUGUUGCCGUCGUGUCCCCCCAGUUCCAGGAGAUCUCACUGCCAACCAUUUCCACUGUUAUUGAUGGCAGCCAGAGCACUGAUGAUGAUAAAAUUGUCAGCUAUCACUGGGAAGAGCUGAGGGGCCCUUUGCGGGAGGAGAAGGUUUCCAGUGACACUGCCAUCCUGACACUGACCAACCUGGUACCUGGGAAUUACACAUUCAGUCUCACAGUAGUGGACUCAGAUGGUGCCAGCAACUCCACCACUGCCAACUUGACAGUGAACAAAGCUGUGGAUUAUCCUCCAGUGGCAAAUGCUGGCCCAAACCAGGUGAUCACCCUGCCCCAGAACUCCAUCACCCUCUAUGGGAACCAGAGCACCGAUGACCACAGCAUCGUCAGCUACGAGUGGCUGCUCAGCCCCAACAGCAAAGGGAAGGUGAUGGAGAUGCAGGGGGUGAGGACACCAGUCUUGCAGCUCUCUGCAAUGCAAGAAGGUGAUUACACUUAUCAGCUGAUAGUGACUGAUUCUGCUGGACACCAGUCCACUGCAGAGGUCACUGUGAUAGUCCAGCCAGAGAAUAAUAAGCCUCCAAAGGCAGAUGCUGGUCCAGAUAAAGAAUUAACUCUUCCUGUGGACAGCACCACUCUAGAUGGCAGCAAGAGCUCAGAUGACCAGAAGAUAGUCUCCUUUCUUUGGGAAAAAACACGGGGCCCGGAUGGUGUCAAGCUGGAGAAUGCCAACAGCAGCAUUGCCACUGUAACAGGGCUCCAGGUUGGGACCUAUGAGUUCACUCUGACAGUUAAAGAUGAGAGGAACUUGCAGAGCCAAAGCUCAGUCAACGUCAUUGUCAAAGAAGAGAUCAACAAGCCUCCGGUUGCAAAGAUUGCUGGCAAUGUUGUCAUCACCUUACCCACAAAUACAGCGGAGCUGGAUGGGUCCAAGUCCUCUGAUGAUAAGGGAAUUGUCAGCUACUUGUGGACACGGGACGAGGGCAGCCCUGCAGCUGGGGAAGUCUUAAAUAAUUCAGACCAUCACCCUGUCCUUCUCCUGUCCAAUCUGGUCGAAGGGACCUACACAUUCCACCUCAGAGUAACAGAUGCCAAAGGAGAGAGUGAUGUAGAAAGGAGCACAGUGGAAGUCAAACCUGAUCCUAGGAAAAAUAACCUUGUGGAGAUAAUUCUGGACGUUAAUGUCAGCCAGCUGACGGAGAGGCAGAAGGGAAUGUUCAUCCGACAAAUAGGCGUCCUGCUGGGGGUGCUCGACUCAGACAUCACUGUGCAGAAGAUCCAGCCAUACACUGAACAAAGCACGAAGAUGGUGUUUUUUGUACAGAACCAGCCCCCUCACCAGAUAUUCAAGGGGCGAGAGGUGGCCUGGACCCUGAAAAACGAACUGCGGAAACAACAGUCAGACUUCCUGAUCUUCCGGGCCUUGGAAAUCAACACAGUCACCUGUCAGCUGAACUGCUCCGACCACGGGCGCUGCGACUCCUUCACCAAGCGCUGCGUCUGCGACCCCUUCUGGAUGGAGAACUUCCUCAGGGCGCAGAUGGGCGACGGCGAGAGCAACUGUGAGUGGAGUGUGCUCUAUGUGAUCAUUGCAUCCUUCCUCAUUGUGGUUGCCUUUGGAAUCCUAUCCUGGAUGGUGAUCUGCUGUUGCAAGAGACGAAAAGGAAAAUCCAAAAGAAAAAGCAAGUACAGGAUUUUGGAUGCAACGGAUCAAGAAAGUCUGGAGUUAAAACCAAAUCCAAAAGCAGGUGGCAGGCAGAAAGCCCAGGUCCUCAACACUAGCCUGAUGCACUCGGAGUCUGAGCUGGACAGUGAUGAAGCCAUUUUCACGUGGCCUGACCGGGAGAAAGGGAAGCUGCUCCGCAGCCAGAACGGCUCCCUGAGGAAUGGACAAGUGCAGCUCAAAGCCAAGAACCAGAGGGAGGAGAUCCUAUAGCUGCCCUCGGGCGGCCCCGCUGGGAAAGGCCGCUCCCGUCCCCGUCCUACAAGGGCCUUUGGAGGCCAGUUUGAUUAGGACAACGCUGCUAACUUGUUUCACAGAAAAUAACUUUGGUUUUGUGGGUUUCUUUUCAUUCAGUUAAAACUGGUUGUACUUGAAUUUGGACUCCAAGGGAAAUCAAAGGGUGGAGAAGGCAACUGUAAACCUCAGCACCAGGGAAGACAGAGCUGGCAUCUGGAGGGCAGCGGGACAGAACCACUUGGAGCAACUGCGAAGGUGCAGGACCCUCCCAGCCCACCUCAGACUGCAGUGGAGUAGACACCCAUGGAAUUCCAGCUCACUUGCCUGGGAGCUCCUUGGAGAAGGAAGGUCAAGGUUGUGCUUUGAGCUGUGCUCUGAGCUCCCUUCAGGCUCCAGUAGCCUACCACAGGCUGCUGCUGUCCAACAGCUUUCUUCUCUAUCACUCCCACCUUCCCUAAUGGUUCUAAGCACUAUUUUGAUUUAGACUUGUACUUUCACAUGCAUUUGGCUGCUUUUGGGGUGUAGAAGAGGUGGAAUCUAAACACUAUGGUCACACUUGAUCAGCUUGCAGGUAGGGGAGUGUUUUGUAGCUGUUCUAAAUGACUGUCAGGCUUUUCCCACUGGGAGUGUUGAUGACACGGUGCCUGUUCUGAUGUGAAAAGCUGACCUGUCUGUAGUAAUUGGCUGGGCUAGGAGACUCCUUCCUGCAGCAAGCUCUCCUGGGUACCAGAGCCAGGAGGGGACACCCACCUUUGGUACCUGUGUCUAAUGUCUGGCUUAAUUCCAAAGCUGUGAGAUGUUGUUCCGUGGCCCCAGCACCUUCUGUUGGUUGCCAAGCCGUCCCUGAGUCUGGACAUUAACCAUAUCUCAGUUUUGAAACACUAUAUACUGUGGGGUUUUUUGGUUUGUUUUUCCUUAAAAUUUGCACAACCCAGACAAACGGGUUCAUAUCUUCAACUCCCAGCAGCUGGCUGGCAGCUCGGUGGCCUCAUGUUGUUCUGGCUGAAGAGCCCCAUGUGCUCCUCAUGAAGUCCACGCUACUUGGUGGAAAAGGGACCUCUGGGUACCCGAGGGCAUUGUGUGGUGAGUGCCAGCAGCAAGAGGCUGUGUCUGCUGCCUGGGCUCGGGGCAGGCAUGGGGCCAUCCUUUCCCAUACCCACUCCUUGAUCUCACUGUGCUGCUUUCAGGAGUUGCACCCCUGUCCUUGGGCAGAAAUUGGCCUCUUGCUGGCAUGAAGGAUGCCACUGCUCCUCUGGAUGGGUGGGCAGUUUGUUGCCUUUCAUUGUGUUUAAUUUAAAAACUGGAAACUUGUUUCAUUGGCUUUUUUUUUUUUUGAGCUAUGAAAGCCAAAAGGCUUUAACUUCCUCAGUUGUAUUUAUGUUGCUGCACUACUGAUUUGUGUUGAGCUAGAUGAAGAUUAAACACUAUUGAAUGUGAGGGAAUGUUCCCUCGCUGAAUGUA